AUGAAUGGUGUGGAAACAGUGGAAGGAAAAGGAGAUCAUGAAGCGGCACUGGCUAUAUGGGACUGUGGCAGCCCCUUGUAUGACUCGUAUGAACUGGCAUCGGUUAGUCAUCUAAUCGAGCGCCAUCUGAUGGCAUUCCCAUCUCUUGGAGGAUCAUCGAAGCGGUUCAUAGCCAAGUUCUCUCAUUCUUCUUCAUCGAAGACGACCUCCACUACUAGUACUAGUACUACAAUGAAGGAGGCAAAGGGGUCUAAUUCAAUGGAGGAAAACUUGAGCAAGAUCUUGGGGAUCAAGAAGAUGUGGAAGAGGAAGGGUUUGUUUGGAGCAACGAAAGAAAAGACCAAGAAAAUGAAGACCACUGGAUUUUCUGGCUUUUACAGUAGGUUUGGUCUCUGGAGGAAGAAGGAAUGCAGGUGA